UUAUUAUUUUUUUAGUUAUUUUUCAAAAACUUCAGACAAACUGAACAACCUCCAUUGAAGCUUCUUUCAAAAUAUCAGACCAGAAAAGGAAUUCUGCUCUCUGAAUACCGGAGUUUCUGCUCCUUUCUCUGUCUCUGCCUCUGACUCUCUCUCUCUCUCUCUUCAUUUGUUUUAAAUCGUUUGAAAAUUUGAAAGGUUUGUCGUUUAGUUCAUGCCGGUGGAAACGUGUUUUUUUCCUUUAAAAAUCAAGAAUUGAGAUUGACUUCUGAUUCCGAGAGUGAGACGCUCUAAUCGGAUCGACAAGUAGAGGCGGGAGAGAUGCAUGCAGUCGGGAGACAGAUGCAGAGAUCUGGUGCUUCGACCGUACACCACCAGCGUCAGUUCUCUGACAACUUCUUAGAGACUUCCUCUAAUGGAGGAUGGUUUCAAUCUGCUAGUCUCCAGCACCUUCAGUCUUCAAAUGCAACUUUACCUGGCCUGCAGGACUAUGGCUACUUUGGUGGCGGUGGAGGUGGAGGAGGAGUGCAGGGGUCGAAGAUGUAUUGGAAUGCUCAGAGGAGCGUUAAUGGAGGGAAUGAGCUGUUCUCCGAACCUUCGACUCCUCCUGUUAACUCGCGGUCGUCGAGCUUGAGGAAGAACGGCGAAGAUCAUGUGUCGCCAAAUGAAUUCAGCCCUGGAAUCCUGGAUCUGCAUUCCUUCGACACUGAGCUACUUCCAGAGAUGGCAGUUCCUGGUCUGUAUGAUGGCUCCUCUAUUUAUCAUUCUGUUCAUGGAAGAAUCUUUGAUGAAUCUGAGCCUUAUCUUUCUACCAACAAAUCAACCACCAAAGUUCGUGGUUUGGCAGAGAAUAAUCUGCUUAAAAGCUUUACAGCCGAUAAGGAGAAGCUCAGUUCUGUUGCCAAGAUCAAAGUUGUGGUCCGUAAGAGGCCACUUAAUAAAAAGGAACUAGCAAAGAAGGAGGAAGACAUCAUAACAAUAGAGCUAAAUUCUAGCUCUCUUACAGUUCAUGAGACUAAGCUCAAGGUUGAUCUGACAGAGUAUGUUGAGAAACAUGAAUUUUUUUUUGAUGCAGUACUGAAUGAGGAGGUUACAAAUGAUGAAGUCUAUUGUGAGACAGUGGAGCCCAUUGUCCCUUUUAUUUUCCAAAGGACCAAAGCAACUUGUUUUGCAUAUGGGCAAACAGGGAGUGGGAAGACUUAUACCAUGCAACCACUGCCCCUGAAAGCAUCCCGGGAUAUAUUGAGCUUAAUGCAUCACACAUACCGGAAUCAAGGUUUUCAGUUGUUUGUCAGUUUCUUUGAGAUAUAUGGUGGGAAACUUUUUGACCUCCUUAAUGACCGGAGAAAGCUUUGCAUGAGAGAAGAUGGUAAGCAGCAAGUGUGUAUUGUGGGUUUGCAAGAGUACAGGGUAUCAAAUGUCGAGGCAAUCCGAGAGUUCAUUGAGAAAGGAAAUGCUACCAGAAGUACAGGUACAACUGGUGCCAAUGAGGAAUCUUCCCGCUCACAUGCGAUACUGCAGCUUGCUAUCAAAAGGUCAUCUGAUGGCAGUGAAUCAAAGCCUGCCCGUGUGGUUGGGAAGCUCUCCUUCAUAGAUCUUGCUGGAAGUGAACGUGGCGCAGAUACUACGGAUAAUGAUAAGCAGACAAGAAUGGAAGGUGCUGAAAUUAAUAAAAGCUUGCUUGCAUUGAAGGAAUGCAUUCGUGCUCUUGACAAUGACCAAGGACACAUCCCUUUCAGGGGGAGCAAACUAACUGAAGUUCUUAGGGAUUCAUUUGUUGGGGACUCACGCACUGUAAUGAUAUCAUGCAUUUCUCCAAACUCAGGAUCAUGUGAACACACUCUGAAUACAUUAAGAUAUGCUGACAGGGUUAAGAGUCUUUCAAAGGGGAGCAGCUCCAAAAAGGAUCCUGUGUCGUCAACAAACUUGAGGGAUUCAACUGCUUUGCCCCUAUCUUCAGUUUUACCCAAUGUUUCAACUUUUGAGAGUAACAUCUCUGAUCUUCCCAAUGAAACCAACAGAUUUGGAUGGUCAAAACAGAUUGAGAGAGAACCUUCUCCUCCUUUUAACAUGGACCGUGCACCUAGUGGAAGGGAUGAAGGCCUUUCUGUACGUUCCGAUUUCUCUAAAGAUCAUAAAGGUGGGAGAGGUGGCACUACUGCAGAGGAUUUUGAUCUAUCCCAGGAGUUGUAUGAACAGGAGAAGCCAGUUUGGAAGAAGAAUAGAAGGAUGGAGAGACACGAGAACUCAACUGUUGAGAACAGGACCAGCAAGAAAACAGAUAACCUGAAAAAAUGGAAGGAUCCACCAGGCUUUGAUUCUAACAAUUCACAAUCAGAUGAUGACCUGAAUGCCCUCUUGGAGGAAGAGGAAGAUCUUGUUAGUGCUCACAGGAAGCAGGUGGAGGAGACGUUAGAUAUUGUUAGAGAGGAGAUGAAGCUUUUGGUGGAAUCUGAUCAACCGGGAAAUCAACUGGAUGACUACAUCUCGAGACUCAACACUAUUCUUUCUCAGAAGGCAGCUGGAAUUUUACAACUGCAGACCCGCUUGGCUCAUUUUCAGAGGCGUUUGAAUGAACACAAUGUUUUAGUGUCUUCUGGUCUCUGAUUAUGAAAAUGUCAAUUGAUGGCACCGAUUCUUAUGAUGGUCAGCUGUGAUGCAUCAAAAUAAUGCAGAUAUGUAUUAAUGGGGGACGUAUCACAAUCCUCCAUUGGUGGGUUUGACGAUGCAGUUCUGCAACGUCUGUAGCAGCCUUCUGUUGCUGUCGAAAUAUGGGGUUUUGUUGGCCAGAUGACUUGAUGAAGCCCCUGUUACAGGUUUUAAGUAUACGAGUGGUAACUUCUGUUAGGUUUUAUAAAUUGCAUUUUUUUUUAAUUUUCGGAAAUCUCCUGUUUCACUGGUUUUAAUUUUUCCCAUUGACUAUUAAUGUUAGUCUCUCUUCUCUUGUGAGUUGUUGGAAACUAAUUUGUGGAUAUAUGCCGGUGGGUAUCUUCUUUGUAAAUAUUUAUACAUCUGUAUAAUUGAUUGAUAAGGUUAAUAGUACAA